AUGCUUUCAGAUGAAGCAACGCUGAAGGGAAUCGAUGGAAGCAACGCCCUGGUCCUGCCAUCAAAAAAAGCCAAGAAGGAAAAAGUUGCCUGUGUUGUGCAACAACAGAAGAAACCCCUAAGCAAGAAACAGAAGAAAAACCUUCAGAAGGUUUUAGAGCUGAAGGAAAAGAAAAAACAGCGAGCUGAGUGGCUGAGCAAGCUGAAUGAGGUCCAAGCUUCCGCGGCAGAAAUGAAACUCCUCUACACCACUUCCAAACUGGGCACCGGGGAGCGCAUGUAUCAGGCUAAAAGGGUGAUACAGGAGCCGGUGACUGUGGUACCUGAGAAGAUCAGGAGCAUCAGCGGUGCAAACAAGAGAAGACACAGCUCAGAUUCUGAAUCGGAGCCUGAGGAAGAACCCAGUAGCUCUGAGGAGGAAGAGCAGAAACAAGAAGUUGAGAAUCACUCAGCUGGUGACGUGAAUGCUGCUGAGAAGCCCGAGGGUGACGUGAGGAAGGCAGAGUCUGACCAGCAGCCAGCUGCUCCUGCUGCGCCAGUUUGCCAGGCAGCGCCCCCAAAACCUCCCCGCAAGCCUGCGGUUUUCAUCCCAGUGGACAGGUCUCCUGAGAUUCAGGAAGCAAGACUGAAGCUUCCAAUUCUUGCUGAAGAGCAAGUCAUCAUGGAAACCAUUAAUGAGAAUCCCAUUGUCAUCAUAUGUGGAGAGACAGGCAGCGGCAAAACCACACAAGUACCUCAGUUUCUUUAUGAAGCUGGCUAUGCCAGUUCAAACGGGGCCAUUGGCAUCACGGAGCCUCGGCGCGUGGCCGCAGUGUCCAUGUCCCAGCGAGUGGCGAAGGAAAUGAACUUGUCUCAGAGAGUGGUUUCGUAUCAGAUCCGGUAUGAAGGCAACGUUACGGAUGAGACACUAAUCAAGUUCAUGACGGACGGUGUGCUGCUGAAGGAGAUUCAGAAGGACUUUCUGCUUUCCAAGUACAAAGUCAUUAUUAUUGACGAAGCCCACGAACGGAGUAUGUACACGGAUAUCUUGAUAGGCCUCUUGUCCCGCAUCGUGCCGCUCCGUGAGAAGAAAGGGCUGCCGCUGAAGCUGAUCGUCAUGUCGGCUACCCUCCGCGUCGAGGACUUCACCGAUAACAACAGGCUCUUUUCUGUCACCCCUCCUGUCAUUCAGGUGGACGCACGGCAGUUCCCUGUAACCGUCCAUUUUAACAAGAAAACUCCGCUGGACGACUACAGCGGGGAGUGCUUCAGGAAGGUGUGUAAGAUCCAUCGGAUGCUGCCUUCAGGUGGGAUUUUGGUGUUUUUAACAGGCCAGGCAGAAGUUCACUCUCUCUGUAGAAGGCUAAGGAAAGCCUUCCCAUUCCAAAAGAGCAACUCUGCAGGGGGAGAUGAUGACAAAGAAGAAUCAGUGGGAGAAAUCAGAAAAUUCAAGAAGUCGAGGAGGCGGAAGAAAGUUCAGACGCUCCCCAAAAUUGAUCUGGACAGCUACUCGGUCGUACCGGUGGAUGAAGGAGAUGAAGACAGAGAUGCUGACACUGAUGACGAUAUUGCAGGGUCCGAUAGUGACCUUGACUUAGGAGAUGGAGACUCAGAAGGAGAUGAGAAGUCGGAUUCGUCCCUUCCACUCCACGUGCUCCCGCUCUAUUCUUUGCUGGCGCCAGAGAAACAGGCACAGGUAUUCAGGGCUCCUCCUCCUGGCACGAGACUCUGUGUUGUAGCCACCAACGUGGCUGAAACCUCGCUGACCAUCCCAGGCAUCAAAUAUGUGGUUGACUGUGGAAAAGUCAAGAAGCGCUUCUACGACAGAAUCACCGGGGUUUCGUCUUUCAGGGUCACCUGGAUAUCCCAGGCUUCGGCCAACCAACGGGCAGGUCGGGCUGGCCGGACGGAACCAGGGCACUGUUACAGGUUAUACUCUUCAGCGGUCUUCAUGGACUUUGAGAAAUUUUCUGCUCCGGAAAUAACAAAGCGACCGGUAGAAGACCUGAUUCUGCAGAUGAAGUCACUGAAUAUAGAGAAGGUAAUCAACUUCCCGUUCCCGACGCCACCACCGUCAGAAGCACUUGCAGCAGCUGAGGAGUUGCUGAUAGCCCUGGGUGCCUUGAAGGAACCCCCUAUGACAGGAAGGCUGAAGCAGCAGCUGGCAGCAAAGCUGAGUUGCCCUAUUAGUCCCCUGGGCAGAGUCAUGGCCACUUUCCCUGUGGCCCCCCGCUACGCGAAGAUGCUGGCAUUGAGCAGGCAGCACGACUGCCUGCCCUAUGCCGUGACCAUAGUCUCUGCCAUGACCGUCCGGGAGCUCUUUGAGGAGUUUGACAGGCCGGCAGCAAGUGAGGAAGAGACAGCGAAACUCAAGGGGAAGAGAACAAGGCUUUUGCAGAUGCAGAAGCUCUGGGCUGGGCAGGGGCCGAUGCAGAAGCUGGGAGACCUCAUGGUGAUGUUAGGAGCUGUGGGGGCCUGCGAAUAUGCUGGGUGUACCCGAAAAUUCUGUGAGGAAAACGGGCUCCGAUACAAGGCCAUGCUGGAGGUCAGGCGCUUGAGAGGGCAGCUGACGACAGCAGUGAACUCCGUCUGUGCUGAUGCCGGGCUCUACGUUGAUCCAAAGAUGAAGCCCCCAACAGAAGCUCAAGCAACUUACUUGAGGCAGAUUGUACUGGCAGGGCUGGGGGAUCAUGUUGCCCGAAGGGUUCAGGCAGAAGAGCUCCUGGAUGACAAGUGGAAAAAUGCCUACAAGACUGCUCUCCUGGACGACCCCGUGUUCAUCCAUCCAAGCUCAGUCCUCUUCAAACAACUCCCGGAGUUCGUGGUGUAUCAAGAGAUCGUUGAGACGACAAAGCUGUACAUGAGAGGUGAGAGCGCCGUGUCCCUGCCU